AUGGCCACGGUAUCACAGACUCUCGCGCAGUUCCGCUUCCCGCCAACACGACAAUUCAUCUCUUACAGUGGCCCACCUAAGGCCAAGUGCAAAAAGCGGACUGUCCCCUUGCAGCACAUCAAUGAUAUCUUUCCAAGCGACGUCGAGCCCGGUGCGGCUGAUGCAAGCGUUGAGAAACGGUCACCGACUAUCGAAAAACUGCUUUCAGUUAAUGUGGGCGGUACAACAAAUCCCAUCACAAUAGAAUCCGACACUAGCGAGCCAGAAACGGACGUCAGCUUGCACCUUCACGACGAUCAGGACGAAGAUGACGACGAGGAUUUCCCAUCAAUCUCCAAGCUGCUACGACGGAAUGCAAGCCUUCGCGGGAACGAUCCAGCCGAUCAGCCUCAAUGCAGAAAUGACGUUCCACGACACUCGCCACCGCCGUCGAAUGAUGGCAAUGUGGACACAGCGAACACAGCUAUGACCCAGGCGGAAAGUAAUAAUGCCGAUAAUGGAUCCCAGGGAGAUUUUAGAACUGGUGAACAACGCGGCGACAACGAUAGCGGCAAGGAAUUCGACAUGUCGGAGCAUUGCGGACCGGACAAUGAUGACGCUGAUAGUAGUGCCUCUGGUACUCCUGGCGACGCUGUUGGUGCUGCUAGUUGCAAUGGCAUCACUCAGAGCGCAUUAUCUUUGGGGGCAUUGCAGAAGAGCAGAAAACAUGGCCGGGAAAGUCCUGAGCACCAGUUGGUCAGAAACUACGACGAAGACGACAAUACGGAAGACGAAAACCAAUCUCAUUCUUCAGAAGUGAUCCGAGCAAAUCAUGCUCAAUUCGAUGCCUGCGAGACUACUCCUACCGCCCUGAACAGCACCUCCAGCUUGAGUACCUGCAGCAGUGCAAGCGAAGUUGGCGUUAUCUCUGGUACGCGUCGCACGGACGAUGACACGAGCAUUCCAACGAGCAACACUGUUCGCUUCAAGUUGAUCAGAUUUCCGGCUCGGACGACGAAGAUGCAAUUGGUCGUGACGGGCAAGAAUUGCGUCGCCUGCGAGAAGCCACAACAUCUAACUUGGACGCCGAACGAACGCUUCGGAAGCGGCCCUAUCGACAUUCAACGGGUCUUCAUCAUGCCACUUCACACCUUGAAGCCGGAGAGACGCAACUCGAUGGUUCGAAUGCACUCUCAGGGACACCUCCAACACGCGUUGCACAUGUCACGAUCCUCCCGGUCUCCAGGUCACCAGGUGCCGAUGUGGUACGAUAAAGAGCUUGCGUCCGCUAUUGAUGAGGAAGUUGGUCACACGUUGAAACCUACGAGCAUCGUGAUCAAGCGACUAUCAGCCAGGGACUGGCUGUUAACCGGGCUAGUCCUCGGACAGGAUGACGAUGAAGAUGUCCAAACUGGUGAAGGCCAGUCAACCGCGCAAGCGACUCAGCCUGCAGAACGAACCCCACGAUCCGCAUUACGUCCACGGCGCGGGAAACAGAGCAGUAGCGUUCUCCUUAGGGGCGACCGCCACCAGUCAGGCGGCAGGGACGAGGACGGUGACAGCAGCAGCGACGCCAGCAACACUAGCGGCGCCUCUCGCAACCGGCAGGAGUAUUCUCAAGAGCUUUUCGAGCAAGACAACAGCGAAGAAGAGUCUGAUGACCUCGACGGCAGCAGCGGUUGGAAGUCCAGUCACAUCAAGGGGUUCGGGUUGGGCCACAUCCGAGGAUGA